AUGAGUAAUAGCCUAAUACAAAACAUCCUUCAAUCAUUUACGCGACGAAAACGAGUAUCGGCAGCUAGUUCACUUGAAUCAAAAUUACGGCGAUGUUUAACUAUUUUCGAUUUAGUUACUCUCGGUAUCGGUAGCACAUUGGGAGCGGGAAUUUAUAUAUUAGCUGGGGAUGUGGCAAAGUUCUCUUCAGGUGGUGGCGUUAUAUUAUCUUUUCUAUUUGCUGGAAUUGCAUCGAUGUUGGCUGGUCUGUCGUAUGCUGAGACAGGAUGGAAUCUUAUACUCGAAUAUGUUGUUGGAGCGGCAUCGACUGCUCGUGCAUGGUCUAGCUCAGUGGACGCUGUUAUGGGAUUUAGAAUGAGCAGCAUGUUUCAAGAGUAUUUUCCAGUACAUAUGCCACCAUUUGCACCUUAUCUUGAUAUCACCGCAUUUACUUUAACAAUUAUUGCCACAAUUAUCUUGGCCACCGGUGUCAAAGAAUCGAGUAAAAUGAAUAAUAUUUGUACGGCUAUAAAUUUGAUUUGUGUGGCAAUUAUUAUUAUUAUUGGAUCUUCUAAAGUUAAUUUCAAGAACUGGAAACUCACUAGAGAACAAGUACGAACUAAUGCAACAUUUAAUGCUGGCAAUGGAGGUUUUAUACCUUAUGGGAUUAGCGGAGUGCUAAGUGGUGCGGCAACAUGUUUCUAUGCAUUUGUUGGAUUUGACUUAGUGGCAACAACUGGAGAAGAAACGCAAGAUCCUCGAAAGGCUAUACCCCUUAGUAUCUGUCUUGUACUCUUGGUUUGUUGUGGUGUCUAUUGUGGCAUUGCAGCGGUUCUCACCUUGAUGGUUCCUUAUUAUUCAAUUAGAGUUGAAGGUUCUUUGCCAGAUGCAUUUAAUCGCGUUGGACUACCAUCUGUCACUUGGAUAAUUACUUUUGGAGCGGUGACCGGACUUACAGCCUCACUCAUAGGAUCAUUAUUCCCUUUACCAAGAGUAUGCUAUGCCAUGGCACUCGACGGUCUACUAUUUUCAAUAUUUGGUGAAGUAAAUGAAAAUCGUAUACCAAUAUAUGGCACAAUAUGCGGAGGAUUAUUGUCAGCUAUAAUGGCAUUAAUAUUCGACAUGAUUACAUUAGUAGAAAUGAUGUCGAUCGGUACAUUGAUUGCUUAUACACUUGUAAGUAUUGCUGUUGUUAUUCUACGUUAUGAAAAAUUGGAAACAAUCAAUGAAUUAGAUCUGAAGGCAAAUGACGACCAGAAACAGAGAAAUGAUAAAAUAUCAGCAUCUCCUUCAACAAAUAUAGACCAACUAAGCAUCACUUCUAUUGUUGGCAUUAUCGUUUUAUUGAUAAUUAUAUUGUGUAUGAUUUCAAUCCACUUGUUUGAAAACCACGAUUCAAUCUCAAGUUCAUCAGUUAUUCUAUUUUGUAUUGUUACCCUUGUGUUAAUAUUAGUAACAUAUUUUGGCCUAGCAAAAAGACAACAGUACCUUGACUCAACUCUCUUUCAUGUACCAUAUGUACCAUGGUUUCCCGUUCUUAGCAUUCUAUUUAAUAUUUAUUUAAUGCUCAAGCUUAAACCAGCAACAUGGAUGAGAUUUUUAAUUUGGAUGAUAGCAGGAUUUUCUAUAUAUUUUGGCUAUGGUAUGAAGAGAGCGGGUAAAAUUAUGGCAAAUUAA